CCAGCGUUAUUCGCAUCAGCGACGAGAGAGUCCGGAUUUAUACCCCACCCCCCUCUCUGUCUCUUUCCCGCGCACAGGCGAGAAUCCAUAAUAAUACCUAACCCUCAAUUUUUGGUCGUUAUUCUGAUACGUGUUCUAGAAGCGUCUUCUUCGUUCGUCCUCAGGAAAGUAAUCAUCUUCUGCUCUCCAAUUCGUAAUCCCAAGAACUUGACAGUCUCAUCUCUUCUUUUCUGAGGAAAAAAGAAGCUGCAUCUCCAGGUCGGUGCAAAUAAUCGGAGAUGGCGGCGGGUAGGGAAGUUCGAGAAUAUACUAACCUAAGCGACCCGAAAGACAAAAAAUGGGCUAAAGGAAAAGAUAAGAUAGACGAUGAAGACAUUACUUUUCAACGUAUGGUUGCCAAGAUGCAAGAGGUUGCUGGAGAGCGUGGAGGUUACCUUCAUGGGCGAGGGGCAUUGGACAGUGAUGAUCUACUCUAUCUCAAGGAGCAGAUGGAAGCUGAGGAGGAUGCUGAGCGCCUCCUGCGUCGUACUGAAAAACGGGCAUUUGCUGCAUUUAAGAGAGCUGCAAACUUGGCGGAUUCUACCCCUGCAUCAGUACCCUUACCACUUCGUGUUGAACCAAAACCAAAGAGCGGGAUAAGUAGGCAGCAAGAUCUGCUGAAGAAAGUUGUGGAAAUUAAGCCAAAGCGACCAAAGCUUUCUAGCCCAUCUGAUGGCAAUCAAUCAACCCCAGUUCCAAGUAAUGCUAAUAUUACAAAACGUGAGUCUGAGAGUGAAAGACUGAAAGAGAAGGGACAGCAGUCCUUGUCAGAAGCAAAUAAGAAACAGCCUUCAUCAGGGGAAUCACGAGAGGCAGAAGGAAAGAUUAAGAUGGAUAAUCCUGCUGGUGGAUUGCUCGGCUUGGCAUAUGACACUAGUUCUGAUGAUGAAGAGUGAUGGAUGAUGAAGGCUUUUAAUGGUGGAAAACUACUAAUCCUCUUUGUAGCUUCAGUACAGAGUGCUUUUUCUUCGUUUACCAUUUAAGUGUCUUGCCAUGUUACUCUGAAAAUUCUGCACAUGAAGCAUUCAUCAUAAAAAAAAAAGAAUUGAAAAAGGAUGACUGGUGAGCUAUUUACAACCAGAGGGAAGAUGAACUUAGUGCAUGCCUUAAUUUCAUGCUGUGAUGAUAAUGUGCCAGUUUUGCUUGUCUUCUCUACAUUGUUAAUGAUUUACUCUGCAUCUGGAUGGUUUGUGUAUCCACAAUUUGCUUUGAUGUCCCUGUUUUUGUUGGUGUCGCAAAGAUUGUUUUUAGGGUGAUUCAAUUGUAACUUAGAAAACUGUUUAUAACAAGACGUUUUAUUUAUUUAUUUAUUUAAUAUCUUGAUUUUAGUUUUGCUUUA